CUUCCUUUGCGUGAUCCCUCCUCCAAGAUUGGAAGGAAAAGUCUAUGGUAAUUUUGCGGGUUCGGAGCUGCGGUGCUCGCGCCAAGGGGCUGCAGCGGCACACGGAGCACCCCCACGCCGGCCGCGAGGACAGCAGAAGGAGCGACAUGAACUCCCACCCGGCGCCGCUGCCUCGCGCCACCCCCUGGCGCUCCCUGCCUUGCCCGCGCGCCGAACUCCGCCUCGAUCUGGUGCUCAGCGGCGGGCAAACCUUCCGGUGGUCUGAAACCAAUCCUGGCUAUUGGACCGGCGUGAUUGCAGGACGGGUUUGGACCCUCACGCAGUCUGAGGAGCAGCUCUGGUACACGCUGCACGAAGAAGAGAAGGAGGAGGACAGGAAGGAAGAAGAGAGUCUCUCUGAGCCACCACUGAAGAAAAGCAAGAGGCAGCUGCAGCCAGAGACCAGCCGGGCUGCGGGCACCAGUGGACGCUCUGGUGGGGAGCAGAUCCGAGGGGUGGAUGGCUUAGACCCAUCACAGAUCCUCCAGGAUUAUUUCCAACUGCAUGUCAGUCUGUCUGCAUUGUACCAGGGUUGGUCCUACACGGAUGGCCAUUUCCGGAACAUUGCAGUCAAGUUCCCAGGGGUGCGGGUGUUGCGACAGGACCCCGUGGAGUGCCUCUUCUCUUUCAUUUGCACCUCCAACAACCAUCUCUCGCGCAUCACCAACAUGAUUCAGCACCUGUGCCAGGCCUUUGGGCGCCGCCUUUGUCAGCUGGACACCAAGACAUACCAUGCUUUCCCCUCUCUGCAGGCAAUGGCAGAGGCAGGUGCAGAAGCCCGACUGCGUGAGCUCGGUUUUGGGUACCGGGCUCGGUUUGUGAGCGAGAGUGCCCGCGCUGUCCUGAAGACACUUGGGGGUGCUGCGGGCCUGCAGCACCUGCGCACUGUCUCUUACGAGCAAGCUCGUCACGCCUUGUGCACCCUGCCUGGCGUGGGAGCCAAGGUGGCUGACUGUGUCUGUCUGAUGGCACUGGACAAGGCGGAGGCAGUCCCUGUGGAUACCCACAUCUGGCAGGUUGCCAAGCGGUACUACGGCCAAGAGCUGGGCAUGGGAGCCCGCAGUGUGACAGAACGUGUGCACCGAGAGAUCGGGAAUUUCUUCCGGAGUCUGUGGGGACCGUAUGCUGGCUGGGCCCAGGCAGUCCUUUUUUGUGCCGAUCUCAAAAAGUACGAGUCUCCAGAUCCAGAUGCCAAAUCCCGGUGUGCCAAACUCUCCAAGGGCAGCCCUUCUAUCCUGACAUAAGAACCCCAGUGUUGUGUAUGCGCCCAAUCAGGCAAGUAAGAAAACUGACAGACUCUGCAGAACCAGAGCCUGCUGGAAACCUCCAGGCUGAAAACAGGGCCCUGUCUCAGCUGCAGAAGAGGGUUGCCAUGGAGCUAACUACUCCUUCAAACUCCAGGUGUUGUUUCCCUCCACCAGGGGGCGUAUGUG